AUGAGGAUUUCCCACCUCCUUUUGGUUUGUUAUAACUAUUUUUAACGAAUCUUUUAAUUAAUUAUGAACUUUUCAGCCGCUUUUUGUGGCGGUCCUGACGGUGGCUCAGGAAAAUCGCGCAAGAACAUUCGAAGUUCAUAUCGAACUUCCAGAUCGAGACAAGAUAGGAAGAGGUUUUGUGAACUUAAUAUUCAGAGUUCAAAAACAGAAUAAAUCCUUUUUGAAGAGUUUGAAAAAAUCAAUGCUUCUGACCUGAUAAUGUAAUCAUUCUGCUGACAAGCCCAACAAAUUAGAAAAGAUAUGUGAAUUUUCAGAGCUACUUCGGAUUAAAAUUUAAACUAUAUGACCGCAUUUGGAAUGUCUAGAACAAGAAUUCCAGAGUGGUCCCUAUAGGGGUUAGGGGAAGAGAAUCCCCAUAGGGUCCGAAAAAGUGGUCCCUAUAAGGGUAAAGUUAAGGUGGUUUCUAUAGGGGUUUAGGGUCAGACCACUUAGCCCCUAAAGCUCAAGUGGACCCUAUAGGGGUCUCUCAAAUUAAUUUAAAACGCUUAUUUAUUCAUUUUUUUCCCAUGGAAAUUCUUUUUCGUUUAGAAUUCAUAACAGUUAUCGACUAGCAUGUACCCUAUAGAGGCCACUUUUCCAAGCUUAGUGGCCCCUAUAGGGAUGGUAGAGUCGUCCUAGAUCGGGCCCUUAAAGGGCUUUUAAGGUUGCCCCUAUAGGGGCCACUUUGGAGCUCCUAAGAAGCGGUUUAAAGAUUUACGUGUGUAAGCACUUUUCAAAAAUUUCAAAUUAAAAAAAACCAUUAUUUUUCAACGUUUAGGAUGGACGGAUUGGGAUGAAUGGUCAGAUUGCUCAGCAAAAUGCGGAUACUGUGGAAUUCGUAAGAGGACUCGUUUCUGUCGCGAUCAAGUUUAUAAUAAGUUUUGGUGAGCGAAAAGCAAAAAAAAAUUCACAAACAAACUACGAUUCCUCCUUCUUUAUCUUACAGAACUUAAGUAAGCAUUUUCCUAGAAACAAUGGUCGCAGGUAGAAGGGUUUGAAAAAUAAAAUUUGUGAUGCAACCGCCCCGAAACGGCUCGCGCACGAAGAUAUCAAAAAGUUCGAGCUCAGAGAUAUCGUCGGCUUUCAAUCAAAAAUCGAUUUUUAAGUUAAAAAUUAUCGAAAUUUGGUAAAGUAGUGAAACGGUGACUGUUAAAAGAAUAUUAUUAUUAAAAUAAAAAAAGCAUUAUUCUAAAACUUUUUUUAACAAAAAUUUUUCUCCCUUUUUUUCCCUCUUUUAUUUGCAAAAAAAUCAAUCUCUUUCAGGUCGUAAUUAUCAUCUCUGUAGAGAGCAUUUGCUUCAGUGGUCCUUCUCCCCCUUUUUCAUUUUUUUUUUCUGAAGAUUAUUUUCACUUUCCCUUCAUAAAAUCAUCUUUCCUUAGCCUAAAUAACUUUGAUCUAAUUCCUUUUUAAGCUUAUUUUAUUAAUUCUGUUUUGUUUCUAACCUCUAAUUUUUCAAAAAUCAACUAAAAACCGGUUUCUUAUAGAGCAAACUCUAAUAGCUAUUCAAACUCCAAUAACUAUUUUCAGCAUAAUUCUAACAACUUUCUCAUUCUCAGCUUCUAUUCCCUAUUUUCGGAUAAAUCAUUCCCCUACAGUUGAAUAACUUUAGCAAAGGACCAGCGACUCAUCGAGAAUAUUGCCCCGGGAUCGCUUGUCCUAAAGGGAACCCUUGCUGCAAAGGAAAGCUCGUGAAAAAAGACGGCGAAAACGUUUGCAAAGUCAACUUUGUGAGUGAAACCUGAAUUUUUAAUGAUUUUCUCAUUUUUCAGGUAUGCAAAAGUCGCAAGGGACGCAAAGGAAAGAAACCUCAAAAAACCCUCGAACUUUAG